AUGACAAGCACCAGUUCCAACAGUCCAAUGCCCUUGGAGGAGGAGCCCAGAAAGAAAGGCUCUCGCGGAGGAAAGAGAUCAGUUACACAUCUGAGCAAAGCCCAAUUAGCACGAAAGCGCGCCAAUGAUCGCGAGGCGCAACGAAACAUCCGUCAGCGGACGAAGGAGCACAUUGAGAACUUGGAGAGGAAAGUCAAAGAGUUAGAGCAAGGCAGUCGCUCAGGGAGCAUGGAAAGGGUAUUGAAGCGGAACAAGGAGUUGGAAGACGAGGUUGAGAAGCUGCGAGCUCAGAUCUCCACUUCCCAUACAUCGACUCCUCCUUCGCAGACGAUAUCAGAUAUACCAGAAGAGUUGUUGAUACCGCAAAAGGUGACGUUGGAUUGGAUGCCGGAGUCGGCCUCGUGCACAUGGCCUCAGUCAGUUCCUCCUACCAUUCCGGCCCUAGACAAUACGAAUGCUGAGAUCCCAGUGUCGAGUGUGACGUACCCAUCCACGGAGGAGGCCACGGCGGCGGGCACGGCGGUGCCGGCUCAUAUGUACCCUCCUACGAAUUCAACAAUGGCGUACGACGAAGAAGCAUCGCAGACAUUAUACACGCCCAGUGCGAUUCCUAUCUGGGAGGAUCCCAUAGUUUUUGGCCAGCCCGAAACGAGCACGAGUCUUACGAAACCGGUUCCGCAAUGGGCUCCCUUUCACCCAGCUUUCAACCAGCCCUCUCGGUUUUCAGACCUCCAACGGUCUGGUUUCAAUGACUUGAUGAGUCAUCCUUCGUACAACACCAGCUUCAGUAAUUCGACAUGCUGGCAAAAUCAGCCAUCAAUAUACGCGUGGCAGAUUUCCACCAAGCUGAAGACCCCAGUCACGUAUGUUGACCAAUUGAUGAUGAGUGUGAUUCAUUCUCAACGCCACCUGGCCAUCACCGCGGAAAUCACCGGCGAGGAACUCAUUGGACCAAACUUCCCAUCCGUCCACCUUCUCUUCAACCAACCCGGUCCUGUCGAGAAAAGGCCCUCAAACCUCACCGAAGUCAUGGAACGCUACUCUGCCGUUCUCUCAAAUCGUGGCUUCGCUCUCAUUCCCGAGAAACUUGCCUCCUUCAUGUGCAUGUACCGUUUCGUACAAUGGCAAAUCUCCCCAAACUACCAAACCUACCAACGCCUCCACGAAUGGCAAGCUCCCCGUCCCUCUCAACUCAUGGUCCCGCAUCCUGCCUGGAUGGACCUCCCUCCCUGGGGCAAAUUCCGUGAGAAAGUCAUCGAGAAUCAAGGAAAGUACGACAACGUUGAGUUCCAGAACGACUACGCGUCGAACCUCUCGGUUAACUUUCCGCAUGACCCUAUGAAGGCGUUGAUUUUUGAGAAUGGGCAGAUUAUCAUCUCGCCGGCGCUGGAUCGGCAUCUGAGUGAUAUUUCGCACAUGUCGAUGAAGAAGCCGUUUGCGGAUAAGUACCCUGAGUUUAAGGAUGUUUGUCGAUUUGAUGAGGUUUAA